GGUAGAAAUUUAUGCUGUUUUUUUUUUUUUAUGAUCAAAGAAAUCAUUUUUAUUUUCGUAAUCAUAAGACUUGAGAAGAUAUCAAACACAUAUUACUUUUUCAUCGUAAGGUGAAGUUCUAGCAGAAAUAUAAAUUAUUCAAAGAAAAUUCAUUCAACUAUUUCAAUAAGUAGAAGUCAAAAAAGAAAAAUAGUUCAUUGAAUAUUGAUUCAUAGAUAAUGUUUAAAUUCUUUUUUAUGGAACUCACAUAUAUUUUUCGAAGAAAAUAGAGUGCAUGUAAGUUUUAAGUCGAAGUUUUGCGGCUGUCCUCCCCCCUCUCCAUUACAGACCCCUAGUAACCGUAGCAAGAUGAAGCCAAAAUGUAUUGCAUAUGUUUCCAUAGCAAUGAGAAAUGGCGCGUAAGAAAUAAUAUUAGUGCUUAGACCAUUCUGAAACUUUGUAGAUUCUAAGUGUUUAGUGUAAAUAGUAGGUUUUAACCAAUAGAGCGGUCGUCUUUUUAAUCUAGUAGAGUCUGAUUCGGACAGACAUAAAAAAUCUGAACUGAUUGUAUUCUAAUUUCAGGCAAAAACUCAGCGGUAUGUGUUUGAAUCAAUGAAACGAAGGGUAGAAUAAUAUUUGCCACUUUCUAUGAUAUAUAUUGUAGAUAUGUUACCAUGACGAGAAAUAAGCUAUGGAUUAAAAAUAUCUUUGAUAAUACAAAUAAGUUUUUACAAUAUCAUAAUAUCGAAUUAAUUAAAUACAUUGGUAGAAAAAUAAUAAUAAAUGUGCAAAUUUUUGAAAUGACAAAAUUUCAGAGUGCGCCUAUCAAUAAUGAAAACGAUUAUGAUUUUGAAUUAUUCAUUUAUUUGACAUCUUUUAAAAAUAAAUUAUUUUAAAUACUCUGACAAAGUUAAAAAUUGAUAACAGCAAGAGUUCGUGAGUUUCACAUUUUGACCCCAGAAGGGGUCACAAUGACAAGUUUUUUUUAAUUCUCCUUGAUAUAUUUGACUUUAUGUGGGGUAAGUCAUUUCUCUAUGAACGGGAACAAUCUCUUCAUUGAUUAGCCUAAUGGUUCACUGGUGUUAUAUUAUAGAAAGAUUAUGUUUUUUAAGAUCUUAGAAGAUAGUAACUAGAAAUGUGCGUGCAUUAAAUUAUCUGGUACAGGUUUUAAUAUAAUUAUCAGCAGUUUAAGUCCUAAUACUGCUUGUUUCGAUAGAGAGGCAACUAGGUUUUAUUUUUUUACUAAGAAUUUCGAAUUGUCCGAAAACGAUUUUUUUCAGUGAAAUCUUGACGAAUAAAGACGAUUGCUCCAUUUGCCACAAAUAACAGAAAAAAAACAGAUUUAAUGACUAAUGAUUUGGUUUUAAGGUAAUAUAUAAAAUAAUUAUCGAUCUUUCAGCACGAACUGAUGAUUCUUCAUUUCUCAAAAUUGUUGGUAUCAUUUGCUUGAGUAAUGAAGACUUUAGAAUCUUCACAAAUUUACCUUGAUCUUCAAUACGCCAUUCUCGUUUAAUAAUGCACUUGCUUCUGACAAUUUCAGAUUGAUCCAUCAAACUAUUGCUCUGUUAUUGACUAUUCAAUUGCAUUCUAGGAUUUUUUUUUUGCACAUACCUGUUUUCAGCAAAAAAUAAUCUCGUUCGUCAAAUAGUUUGAUGAACUUCAAUAAAAAUUCAUAUUAGAAAUAGCUAUAAUACACGUCGAAAAAUAUGAUAUUGAACUACUAAACAAGUUCAUUUGCUUUCGAAUGACAAAAUUCACACAAUGAUUAUUGACGUUACCUCUGAUAACUUUAUUCUCGCUUGAAUGAUUUUGACGAUGAUAUUACUACUGAUCUACAUUAAUUGUAGACUACUUGUAGAAGAAUUUUCAGAUGUUUAUCUGUUAUUGUUUAUAUAAUGUCAGGGCUGGCCCGAUAGGGGGUUUUGGGGGUUGUGACAACCCCCCAAUAAUCGAAAAUUUUCGUUUUUACUCAGCAAAAAUGAAUUUUUUUUCGUGAGUAGUGUUAGAAAAAAGUUUUAUUCGCAUUAAAAAUACCCGAAACAACCCCCGAAAAAAUCGUGACAACCCCCCCAAUGUUUACUGACUCGGGCCAGCCCUGUAUAAUGUAGUCUUUUGUUUCAAACAGAGUAUUUUGUAUUAAUUAAAUGUUGUAAUGUACAGACAUUUAUAUUCUUAUUUCUUUUUUAGCGCAAAUGCAUUGAAUUCGCUCUAAAAGCUAAACCAAUAAAACGUUAUAUACCUGUGAAAAAGAGUCAAUUAAAAAUCUGGUGGUUUGUUACAUCUCCUCCAUUUGAAUAUGCUAUUUUUUCCUUAAUUAUGAUUAAUACAGUUGUCCUUGCUAUGAAAUAUCAUAAACAACCUGAUAGUUAUUCUAAAGCAUUAGAUUAUUUAAAUAUUGUAUUUACAGCUAUAUUCGGUUUAGAAUUUGUUCUUAAAAUGGCUGCAUUUCAUGUUAAGAAUUAUUUUAGUGAUCCAUCAAAUUGUUGUGAUUUUAUUAUUGUUGUUGGUAGUGUAAUUGAUAUUAUUUAUACUGAUAUCAUAGCGCCUGGUACAAAUGUAAUCAGUAUUAAUUUUUUUCGUCUAUUUCGUGUUAUGCGUUUGGUGAAAGUAUUAAGUCGAGGAGAAGGUAUUCGAACAUUACUUUGGACAUUUAUAAAAUCAUUUCAAGCUUUACCUUAUGUUGCUCUACUUAUUGCAAUGCUGUUCUUUAUCUAUGCUGUUAUUGGAAUGCAGGUAAAUUAUUUUUUUCAAGAAUUUUCUUUAUAG